CUUCGUGAAUACUGAGUGGGAAGCACAAGGAUGCAGUCUGGCAUGGAGGAGAUCCCAGUUAAAGUGGCAGUCCGAGUCAGACCCCUGCUUUCCAAAGAAAUACUUCAUAACCACCAAGUGUGUGUCAGAUUAGUCCCAAAUGCUAAACAAGUUAUCAUUGGAAAGGACCAUGUCUUCACUUUUGAUUUUGUAUUUGGCAAAAACUCAACCCAAGAAGAAGUUUAUGCUGUUUGUAUUAAGCCUCUUCUGGUGUCUCUGACUGAAGGAUACAAUUCUACAGUGUUUGCAUAUGGACAGACUGGUUCUGGGAAGACUUACACCAUCGGUGGUGACCACAUUGCAUCAGUUGCAGUGGAUGAAAGGGGCAUAAUCCCACGGGCUAUUCAGGAAUUAUUUAAUCAUAUUUCUGAACAUCGUAAUAUUAACUUCUGUGUGAAGGUAUCCUAUAUAGAGGUUUACAAGGAAGAACUUCGAGAUCUGUUGGAUUUGGAGACCUCCAUGAAAGAUCUACAUAUUCGAGAAGAUGAGAAGGGAAAUACAGUGAUUGUCGGUGCUAAGGAAUUCCAGGUAGAAUGUGCAGAUGAAGUGAUAAGCCUGCUGGAAAGUGGCAAUGCAGCUCGUCACACAGGCACAACACAGAUGAAUGAGCACUCUAGUCGAUCUCAUGCCAUUUUUACCAUCAGUAUUCAUCAGAAGCAGUCUGCAGAGUAUCAGAAUGCUGCACAGGAUUCGAUCGCUUCAAAGUUUCAUUUUGUGGAUUUGGCAGGAUCAGAGAGGGUAGCAAAGACUGGAAAUACUGGUGAACGCUUCAAAGAAUCAGUUCAGAUCAAUAGUGGUCUCUUGGCCUUGGGAAAUGUCAUCAGUGCCCUUGGAGACCCAAAAAGAAAAAGUGUACAUAUUCCAUACAGGGAUGCUAAAAUCACUCGUAUUCUGAAAGACUCCCUUGGAGGAAAUGCCAAGACUGUUAUGAUAACAUGUAUAAGUCCAUCCUCACUGGACUUUGAUGAAUCUUUAAAUUCCCUCAAAUAUGCCAACAGAGCAAAAAACAUUAGAAAUAAACCAGUAGUAAAUUACAACCCAGAAAAAGACCGAAUUGAUGAAAUGGAACUUGAAAUCAGAUUGCUUCGGGAAGCUUUGCAGAGCCAGCAGGUCAGUAAUCAGCAUUUACAUGAUUUAAAUGAAGAAAAAGCCCGUAUCAGUUCACUUGAGGAGCAGCUUACUCGCCUUCAGGUUCAAUACUUCAGUUACAGAAAUUGUGUAGAUGAAGCUUUACCUUUUCUGGUUGAUUUGAAUGAUGAUGUUAGCUUAAGAAGAAGUCAGCGGGACAGGUUGCAGAGCUGGAUCACAAUGGUGCAGAAAGUAAGGAAGGAAGCUCUCACCAUCCAGGAGACUGACACAGGGCCUGAGACCAGCCCAGUACCACAUCAUAUUACAAUUCUUCAGCUGAAGAGGGAACUAAAAAAAUGCCAGCAGGUACUAGUUAUGGAUGAAGAACUGUUUAGCCAGAAGAAUCAUGAAGUGCAGAUACUGCAGAAUCAGAUAAAGACAUUAUUACAAGAAAAGAAAGAACAACAGGAAUUUUUAAAGGAGGCUCAAGAAACACAAAGAUUACAGACUGAGAAAAUGGUUGAACAGCACAUAGUCAUUAAUCAGCUAAAAUUGAAAUUAGAGAAGUUUACAGAUGUGAAAGCUUUAGAUUUCCCAAGUGCUUAUGAAGAUGGGCCAGCUGUCAUGGCAUUUGCUAGGAGGCACUACAGUGUCCCAGUCACAAAAAACCUGCUACGCCAUCUUCACCUGCCUUCAGAGACAGAGAUCCAAAAGGGGUAUGCCAACCCUCCCAUCUUGUCUCUGGCCCAGAUAAUGGCAGAAUUCCAUAUUCGCAGGCAGAUUAUACUGAGCAAGUUAGAAGAUCAAGAUAAAGUCCUUCACUGCCACCUCUCUGAUCAGAGUGAUGAAGAGGAAGACAAUGCAGGCAGCGAAGAGAAAACCUCAUAUAAGUAUUCCAUAAACCAAACAUGGACACAAAAUCAUACUUCUCUGUGCUUCCUUCCUGGUGUAAGUGACAUGAAAUGUCGAGUAGACAAAUCUGGUUGGUCUAAUAAAUCUGCGCUACAAACCGACACAACUACAGGUCAAGAGAUUGACAGCCUCCAGAAGAUCCAUGUUUUUAAUGUGCAGAAGUUAAAGAAUUCAGAGUUGAGACUUGCUAAGGCUGAGCAAAAAAUAAGAGAACUUGCACUUGGUAUCAAAAGGAAAGAGGAACUUAUUAAGGAGUUAGUAAGAACAGGUAAGGAUGCUCAGUCUGUAAGCAGGCAGUAUUCUUUGAAGAUAAGUAAACUGGAGCAAGAAAUUGAGUGGGCCAAAAGAGAACUGGCUGAAACACAAAAGCAGCUUCAGGAGCUGGACAGUAAAGAGCUGAGAGAUAUUCCUGAGAAAGUCAUGUUACAGAAAGAGUGCCAGAAGAAGAUGGAGGCAGCUAAGUUGAAAGUGCAGACCUUACAGAGGAAGCAGCAAGACACCAAGAAUUUGGCUUCAUUAUCUAACCAAAGUGAGAGAGAAGCAAGAGAACUUGAGCAGAAAGUGGCUCAGAUGAAGCAUCAGCAAUCCCAGAUACAGAAGAGACUGUGUGAGGAGAGGGAAAAGAAGAGGCAACUGGAAGCAGAGCUUCAGCAGGACCAGCAACAAAUUAAAGAACUUCAACUUAAGAUGGAGCAACAACAGAAGAUCCUUAAAAUUAAGGAUAAAGAAAUUGCUGCUUUUAAAAAGAAGAAAAAUAACUCAGUGGGAGCUCCACAGAAACUACAGAAAUUAGAAGAGCAGAAGAAGUGGCUGGAUGAAGAAAUGGAAAGAAUUCUUCAACAGCACCAACAGCUAGCAGAACUAGAAGAAGAUUUAAAGAAGAGAGAAGCCAUUGUAGCAAAAAAAGAAGCAUUAUUGCAAGAGAAAAGCUACCUGGAAAUCAAGAAACUGAGAUCUAGCCAGGCUUUGAACAAAGACAGUAUGAAAUUGUCUACCCGCUUAAGUAUGCUGGAUCAGGAGCUGUGUGAUAAAAGUAUGCAGCUUCAGGGCAGCACCACUGAUAAGUCAGACCUUUUGGAAAAAAUUCAGGCUCUCCAAAUGGAAAGGGAUCGGCUGCUCAGAAGGAGAAAUAGUAUGGAUGAGAAACUGAAAGAUGGUAAAGUGUUGUCAACUGAAGAAGAACAUACUCUUUUCCAGCUAGAAGAAGGAAUUGAAGCCCUUGUAGCUGCAAUUGAUUACAAGAAUGAAAGUAUUCAUAAUCGCCAGCACGCACUUUGGUCAUCUUCUCAGAAUCUUUCACAGAGCAAGCAUAAUGUAAUAGGGAAACUGGUUUCCCUGUCUGCUGCUGAGCUCAGAGCUAUCAUCAUCAGUUAUUUCAACAAGAUUGUUAGCCUUCGUGAGUCUGAACGAAAAUUACAAGUGCAGAUUGAAGAACAGGAAAUGAAGUCCCUACAUCAGAAAAACAUGAUGCGUGAAUUAGAAUCUGCACUUGAACACAUCAAGUUGCAGUGUGACAGGCAGCUGACACACCAGCGCCAAGAACAUGAGAAAAAAAUACAGUUUAUACUGAAUAAUUUCAAAGAACAAAAUAGUGAAGGCAUUGCAGAAACCCUGAAAGGAUAUGAAGUAAAAAUCCAGCAACUGGAAAAAGACUUAUUUUUCUAUAAGAAAACCAGCAGAGAGCUGAAGAAGAAAUUGAAGGGCCUUCUUGGAGAGUCAUCUAAAUAAUUAUUGUCAUCCAGUAAAUGUAAGCAUAUUAUCUGAUAAUGUUUAUGCAAUUGUCAGUAGACCAUUUGAAAAAUUGUGAACACACAGAACAAUGUCAGAUAGCUGUAAAACAUCAUAUUUUUACUGUAUUAACUGUUCUUCAGGAAUAUAUUCUAUCUCUAUCCCCGUUUCAAGUGAGAGACAUUUGUUUAUAGCUGUAGCUGUAGCAGUGGUGUGCCAAUGGUUUAAAUUCUUGUUCUGUUUUCUCUGGAUUUUAACAAUUUCAGUAUCUACAAUGUCAAACUGUUAUGGUUAAGGCAAAGGAAUUUUGCUCUCUGAAAGCAUCUGAAAUCUAUUGUCGCUAACAGCUUUGUUAUAUGCCAUGCAUUUGAUUUCUUAAAAGUUUCUGGGAGAUUCUGAAUGAAAAGUGCCACACUUCCAGUUACUAACUUAUUUUAGCUACUUACUUACUAAAGCUGAAAGAGCAUUUACACACUUCAAGGGGAAAAAGUAGUGGUCUCUAUUGUGAUUCUGUGCUUUGACAUAAAAAACCCCAACCAACUGAACAAACAAAACACAACCGUUAGUAUAAGUUUUUAAUUGUUUCAUGUCCUUCUUGCCAGAAUCUAGAUGUACAACAGAGCUAUUCAUUUGGAGGAGAAAAGAAGGUUCAGUUUCAUCUCCAUUUCUGUUGUCUCAUACCUCUCAAUGCCAGCACAAUACCUCACAUACCCAAUAUCUUAGCCUGUUGGUGUUUCUUUUUAAGGCUCAGCAAGACAAGGUUCUUCUUCCCAAUGGAUGCUUCUGUUUCUUUCCACUCAGUGCCAUGCCUUCCUACAGAGAGAUGCUGAUCACACACCGCUACUCUCAGAGUGACUUAGGGCUCAGCCCUUUCCCUCUAGGCAAGAUAAUGAGCCUGCACAUUGAUUACCAUAAAGUACACUAUCAAACUGUGAACAUGAAGAUUCUAGAGACUGGAUAAUAAAAGAGCAUGGGGAAGGCUAUUCUGUGUGUAGUAUAUACAGAAGCAUGUAGUUUAGGAUAUGUAUUUAUGUGGGCAAACACUUAUCCGUGGCAAAUUGUAGCAGUGGGAAGAAGGGAGAAGACCCCUGUAAAUUUCCAACUUUUUACAAUGCAUAUAUUCGCAAGUUUUAUAAGAGGUAGUCUGCAUUUAGUUACUUUUCUUUUUAGUACAUUAUGGAACAUGUUGCUAUACAAUGCAAUAAAACCAUAAUUUGUUACUGGGCUUUAGAAAUAAUAAAAUCCUUGUUUGUAUAUUGUAGUCAAAUUUGUAGAAUGUCUUUUGUGUGUUGUACUAGUAUAGUUGUUGACCGUUUUUCAAUAUAUUAAUAAGUUCAUAUUUGUCAUGGUUCAGUUGUUUUUAGACUGCUUACUAGGAUACAUGACAAAUUAGAAUGGUGAGCCUUGUAUUAACAGCACCUUCUCAGAUGACAGUAAUGGCAAGUACCUCCUAUGUUUUUGUAGAUGGUGAACUUUUUAAUAGAAAGGGCAAAAUGUGAGGUGCUGAUAACUUUUUACCAUGUUCAUGUUGCGAGUUGUUGAUGCUGUAAAACCAUGUUGCCUACCUAUGUCAUACACCCAGAGAAGUAGUAACUUUUAGUUAUUUAUCUGCUGAUAAUUUCAUUUUAGAUAACAGUAUUGGUGGUGUUAUCCAGUCAAGAGGAAGCAGAAGUUACUUCUGAUGAAUUCCAAUGAAAACAGCUGUUAACAAAAUUCAUGUCUCACUAACUACCAUUCAAAGUACUUUUUGAAGUAUCAGAAAACUCCCACUCUGUCAGUCUGCUCAGUGUACUUUAAGCAUUGAAUAUUAAUAGUAAUAAAAUAAUUUAAAAUAAUUCUAUACUGCUUUACUGGAUUUUGUUACAGUGCCAAUUCCUCAUGGAAAUUUUUUGGGUCUUGCUUUAGAUACUAUCUAGACAAUGGUAACACAGACUGAAAACAGGGAGAGAAGGCAAUUUUCCUCAGCCACUGUGGUGAAUAGCAGUACUGUGUAAUUAUUAACGAACAAAUCUUCUCUUUCUGGUGGUGAAUCAGAUUUCCAAUUUCAGUUAUAUGUAAUAGGAGAAAAUACAGCAAAGUACAGGUCUGUAUUCUUGUUAUACUGUACCUUUGAAGGAACUUCUCUUAACCUGAGAAAAUACUGAUUGGUUUUUUUAACUACUUCAGUAUUGGACUUAAUGUACAAAAAUAUUCCCAACAAUAUGUAGCUCUUAAAUGCAAGAAAAUCUGGAUAGAAUUUAAGAAAACAAAUAGGUUGGAAAUAGGUUUUGGAUAACAAUACAUUUUGGAUGCCCCAUUCAAGGAAGUGUUCAAGAUCAGGUUGAACAGGGCUUUGAGCACCCUGACCUAGUGAAAGAUGUCCCUGCCCUUGGCAGUCAGACUGCCAAGACAGUACAUAACAGACUUAGAUGUUGAAAGGUCCCUUCUGACUCAAAGCAUUCUGUGAUUCCAAAAUUUUAUGGUCUGUGUCUUGUUUAUACCUACAUGACUUUCAGCUGGAAAAUGCAGGUGCCAAUAUGUGCAACUACCACAGAAAACAGAAAAAGCUAUUCCCUGUCUAUAAAGUGUUAAGGAAAGUGCCGUUCUCCAGAGCCAGCCUAGUAAUAAACACUUCCUCUGGUACUACAAACACAAAGCUCAAACAUUCAUUUUGUCCCACGUUAACUGUCACUGAAUGCAAUAUAGCUAUAAAAUCACAGAAUUGUUUGUGCAGCACUGAAUGUGGUACUAACUCCAGGAUUUUACUUUGUGAUAGUUGCUGAAGUUGAACAUUACAUAAUGUUAAACUAUGAGCAGGAGCUGGCUUAUUAGAAGCAGAUUAGAAAACCUCUGUCCGUUACCAGGGGAAAAAGCAGAGAACACAGAAGUUGGGAAAGAACCAGAGACCAAAGAGUAGACAAAGCAAAAUACCUGUAAGUCUAAAAAAGACUUUUUUUCCCCCCACACACUGUAGCACUAAGCCAUUUCCAAAGCAAAGUAUGUGUGAAGAGAACACUUCACUUUGGUGGGCAGCAGGAGAGGAAAGUGGAACAAAAUUCUUUUUUAAUAAAGGUACCAUGAAUUUGUAAUUCUGUUACAACUUAUUACUGGCUUUUGAAAACUAGUUUAAUGAAGAUGCUAACAGUGAAAUAACACUUUUCAAAGAAGUGAGACAGUGUAACUAACAGUCCAUAUUUAUUCAGAUUUCAUAAUAAUACUGAAAGUCUUUUUGUAGACUCACCAAUUUGUUUGUCCUUCCUUUGUUUGUUUGUUGUUUGUUUGUUUUUUCUGGCCAACUCUUUGAAAAUAAAUUUUCAAGUACAAUAUUUUCGUAUUUGAUGGUACUGAUGGCACUGUUCAGAACUGUGGACCCUGUGACCACACAGGACAAAGUGUGCAUAAUUAUAUCCUGACAGAUAGAACGCUACUGAGUGGAAUGAAGUGAUCUGUUUUGUUACAGUCUGAUUCAAACUAAACCCCCUUCAUUUGGAGACAUGAUAUGUAUUUUCAUUAUCUCCUGCACUACAGAAAAUACUUACCAAGGAUUACAAGAACAAGACUUUCAUCUAAUCAAAUAAGUGGUGCCUGUAACUUGGAGAUGUGACUUCUUUUCCAACAUGUUUGUAUUUGUAAAAAAUUUUGAAUUAGGAAAUCCAGGAUAUUUAUCUUUUCACAAAAAACUAGUUAGUAUGUUUCAAGGUACCAUUAAAUUGCUAGAUUAUUUUUAGAGAGUAAUUUGAUUCUUCUAUAUUAUAAAAUAGAAGUCAAAAUCCAAAAUACUGAUUACCUGCUAUUCUAUAAAUUUGUCUUCCUGUAAGUUUUAAUUUGUCCACCUAUCCCUAUGUUGACAGAUUUAGUUUGAUGUUCUUUUUCUUUCAGGACAUUUAUUUAAAGCUUCUCCCACCCCCUACCCUGUCAUCCCACACUGCAGAACUAACUUGUGUUGUUUCUUGUGUUACUAAGUUUGAAAUACUUAAAAAUUAAUUUGUGUUAUGCUUACUAAUUAACAGGAAUUCUAUUUAAAAUGAAACCAAAAUUGAAUUCUAGAAGUGCCUGUUGAUACCAUCAUAAAAAAGUCCAUUAAAAACAGUUUUUAAGUGUUAAAAAAGCACACACAUUUCUGACUUGGGUAAUGUUGAAUACAGUUCUUAUUCAACACAACUCCUUUCCCCAUUCAUUACUUCCUGUAUUAGCCUGUCCAGUAUAGAAUUAGUCUUAAUUACACAAAAAUUCUUCAAUCAGCUGAUUUUUUUCUCUUCUAUCUUGUUCUUACUCAUAAAUUUUUGCUACGUCUCUUGGGAAAAAAAAAGAGUAUUUUCUCAUAUCUAGUUCCUUUUACAUUUGUAAUAACUGAAUAUUCACAAAGACAAAGCUUUUUUGUAGCUGUUGCAGUUUGUUUCAGGAAAGAUACCCCUCUUAUGCUUUCUUUGGAAAAUUCAGCAAUUGUUUAAAUAUUAUUUUCUCACAAUGAGUCACUUCAGAAUGUGACUGUACGUAAAGUGGCAACAGACAUCUUCGUUAUUAUUUUAAUUUCCUCUACAAAUGUUCAACACUAUUUUGCAUCUGUUCCAGUUACUUUGAAAUAAGCUGUAAAUUGUGUUGCAACACAAUAAAACCUUUCUUUUUCAAAAAGGUUAAUUAAAAAAAAAAAUCAAACCCUCAUAACUAAGGCUGAGGUGAGAAAGCCAGAAUAAGGAUGAAGAGCGAAAGGCUCUCAUUUACUGAACUGAGUUUAGUACUGAGUUUAGACUGCAUAGAUUCAGUGCUACCUUUAAAUAUGCAGUUAAAGUUCUGAAAUGAGAGAACUUUCCCAAUGAAACGAAAAGUUCCACAUAACAGAGUCUAGGGAGACAAAAAGGCUUGUUGGAAAGACCAAAGCACAGUGUACAUGUAGAGAGGAACUGGAGAAAAGAAUUCUGGGCUGGAUAUGACUAAAGACAACUACAAAACUUUAAAUAUUAUUUUUAUGAAUCAAACUAACAAAAAAUAACUCAGGUUACAGCAAAAUUUAGGGAAAACACCUGCUAAUGGAUUUGGAUAAUGAAAAGGAUUAUUCUUUUUCCUGGACUUUUGAAUGGGUGAUUCUUUGUAAGAACCAGAAAAGCAAUCAUUGAAAAACGAAUCCCACUGAAAGUGAGACAAGAUAAUUUCAGGUAUUAGAGUUAUUGAAGACCUGACAAGGAUGCUGCCUUCUGGUUGAGACCUAACAAGGGCACGUGCAUGAGAUUUGCUGUACUAAAGGCAGAGAAUCUACACAGUGAGGCCCCUAUAAAGCAUAAUUGGGUAUAAAGCCCCCUAAAGUGUAACUGGGUAGGUAACUGUCUACCAGUUACGCUUUAGCUUGAAGCUUUUUUAAUUUAACCCCUUUAACUGAGUCUAAAUCAAAGGCCCUAGCCUUUGUUCUGGCAAAUCAGGAAUGGAAAAAAAUAUAUAGAAUAUCUCUUUAUUGCCAUAUGAAAGUAGAAGUCUAUAUUCUUCCAUUUUACAUUAAAAAUAAAUCACAGGUGUCUGUAUGUUUUGGUUCGACUCUUCAGAAAUACAAGGAAUGUUAUGCGUCAUUUACAGCAGAACUUUGGAGAUAUUGUAUGUAAGUUUUACUGUCAUUAGACCACCUGAGGCCUCAUCUAAAAAGUCAAAAUUAUGUCACUAAUAUCAGGUAAAGCAUUAAACAGAAUUCAGCCAAACUGGUUCAAAACCUUUUACUAAAAUUCUUAAUUUGAUUCAACUUGAUGUGAGCCACUACUUUCACUUUGAUUCAAAAUACUGUUUAGGCACUGCAUGUCCAUUUUCAGUUUGUUUGUUUGUUUGUAGCCAAUUUAGAUGACUUUGCAUUGGUUACAUCAACUAGGAAGAAAACACCAAAUUGAUGCUGCCUAGUCGAAGUUGGGAAUUUAGCUAACUUCUGCAGUAAACACCAGUAACCGUAGGUGAGCAAAAUGAAGUGGUAUAAAAAUUAAGCUGGUCUAAUAAACAUGCUGAAUUCUGUGCUUUAAUAUCAGCAACUAAUGAAGAAAAGUUGCACAGGUGGUUUUAGAAAGGGGAAAUAAAAGCACAGGUGGAACAGAGUGGGAAAGAAAAGGAAAAGCAAGAGGAAAGAAAGAAGUGUUUUUAAAAAUCUGUCAGGCUAAGAGGAUUAAGAACUCAGAAUUCUUUACUGUAUUGUUUUCAUUUUCCAUGGGCUUUUUAUAAGCUUUGCUGUCAACUAUCUGGUGAGAACCCAUAUGCAUGUUAUUCUGGUUUAGGGUAUUUUCCAUCUGGACCCUUUCAGUUCUGGCAAAUGAGAUCCCAUAUUCUGUUAUCUGCACCAAAAUUAACAUGAACAUAACAACAUUCCUUGUUAAAGUUUCCUCCUUGCUUAGUUAAGAACUUUCAAUAACUUCCAAGUUAUUUGCUAUAAAUUUUUAGUAUCCUUGCCACUUACAACAAAUAUACUUCAGUAAAUAACACAAAUUCCUCUACCUUGUAAAGUUCUGCUAGUUUUAACCAGGUAGAAGUUAAACUACUCUGGUACAAAGUCUAUUCAUGUAAUGAUACAGUCAGCAGGAGCUAUACCUAUAAACUGUGAACAGCCUGUGAUGAGGAAUAUCUCCUUGCUCUUUGAUCUAAUUUCUGCUUGAAAUCCCUUCUUGAUUGCAGUGCAGGAUUCUGCUGUGUGAUGUCCCUCACUCUGCCAGUCAACAAGAUAACAUGGCAAAGGCACCUGCCCAAGUGUCCCGCUGCGGCAGAAGUCAACGCCUUGCAGCAUCACAACCAAUGGGCAAAAGGAACAUGUGUGACUAAAGAAAGGCUUAAUACUUGAAUAUGCCUGGAAUCAUUCUUAUCUGCAACAAACAAAAGCUCUAGAUCAGGCAAGACCUGGAAUUCCCUUCAGCCAAUCUGUGGUGUUCCUAUUUUAAGGUCUCUCAGCAGGCUUUCAAUUCCUUUAGUAAAAAUGUUCAGCGUUUUGGAGCCUACCAUGCUGUAUUACACUUUUAUUUUAGUAUUAGCUGAACCAAUCUACAAAGGAUGUUGAGAGUUUAUCCCAAGAGCACACCAAACCAGCAAAUCAUCUUGUGAUUCAGAAUACUGUGGGAAAUAUCUGUUCUCAUCCAAACAAAAAAGGACGUUUGAUUCUACAGUUCAGCCACAUACAUACUUUACACCAGGAAACAGGAAAAGACAUCUUGAAUUUCCUGAGAAUAUUUUGGGAGAAUGCCUAAUUUGGUAAUGCAAUUUUAAGUUGUGUUUGAGGGUUUUUUGGUCCAAGUUUGAGGAAGAUGUGAUUUCCUGCUAUGGAAUCCUACCUUAGCAAUACCUUUAAAGUAGUAAAUGUCUAGUAUUUAUUACUCUUUAGCUGGGGCCAAGUAACUUAAAAGCAACAGGUACUGAAUUAUUUAAUUGAUACAAGUUCACAAACUAGGCCAAGUUAGUUUUCCUGCAUCUUCCUACACCAAACCCCUGCAUCUCACUACAGGCCUCUGUAACACCUCAUGUCUUAAGGACUGGAGCUCCAGCAAACCACAGUUGCAUGGCCAGCACCUGCACUCCCAGACCCUAGCUGGGGAACUGGUGACCUUCUGCACGGACCUCUGGAGAUCAUCCAGGCCAAGCCAA